CGCCGGUGUUAGUGCCGUCAUUUGCACGCGUGCAAUUGAUUCUCGAAAACCUCACAAAAAAUGUGUGGAAGAUAUGCGCUUGCUCUGCGACCAUCAGACGUUCGCCAGAUGCUGGAAGACGAUGACAUGCCGGUGGGAGAGAGCCCCGGAGACGACACAGGAGCCAGUCCUCGGUCGACCUACAAUUUUGCACCAGGAUACUUUGGGCUGGUGUAUCGAGCAAAUGAUAGUGGUUCCCAAAGCGAUGCAAAAGAAAGUACGGGCAGUACAGACAGCCUCACAACAGGUCCACAGGAUAACACGCGAACUACAUCUUACAAGAUGCAAUCGAUGAAAUGGGGUCUUAUUCCUUCCUGGACAAAACGGAACCCAAACUAUUCAACCAUGUUGAAAACUAUCAAUUGCCGUGAUGACUCGUUGGCUACCCCUGGUGGCAUGUGGUCUUCCAUGAAGGCUCACAAACGAUGCAUUGUCUUAGCGCAAGGCUUCUUCGAAUGGCUCCAAGUUGGGCCAAAGAGUAAAGUUCCGCAUUAUGUUAAAAGAAAAGAUGGACGUUUGAUGUGUAUUGCUGGACUCUGGGAUUCUGUACAGUAUGAAGGAUCAGAGACGAAGACCUUCACCUACACCAUUAUUACCACAGAUUCCAACAAGCAGCUGAAGUUUCUUCAUAGCCGUAUGCCAGUUAUCUUGGAGCCUAACUCUGACGCUUUAUGGACAUGGCUUGACCCCCGGAGGAGAAUAUGGUCCAAGGAGCUCCAAACAACCUUGAAACCUUUCUCUGGUGAGUUAGAGGUGUACCCAGUCCAUCAAGAUGUGGGCAAGGUUGGCAACAACUCUCCUGCAUUCGUCCGUCCUCUAGAUGAUGCGCGUAACAAGUCGAACAUCGUCCAUUUCUUCAAAUCCAAACCGUUGGACAAUAUCAAACCAGAUGAAAGUAAAAAGAGGGCGGUGGCAACGGAAACUGGUGAUUUUGAUGAGAUCCGCAAGAAGCCUCGCCUUAGCACCGGGACCGGGGGUGCAAAUUUUCAAAAAUUAGGUGGAAAUUUGACGGGAAAUUUGGCUUUCGAAACAAAUUGUAAAGGGAAAAUCACUGGUUUCUUUGAUAAAAAGACCUAGAUUAAUUAGAAUUGUAUGUUCAAAGUUAAUAUAGUCUGGUAUUGCUCU